AUGCAGUCCAACGUGCAGCAACUUUGGUCCGUCCCCAGCUGGUUGAGCGAUCGUUUUCUCCAGGAAGUGAUUCGGAAAGCCAAGGGAGAUGGUUCGGUUACGCUGUGCCAUGAUUGCAAAAUUCGACCCGGUGGUAAGGAUGGGGUUCGACAUGCUAGCGACCUCUUCCGAGCCACGGUUCAUUAUCGGUCCAAGAAGUUUCGCCAAGAACAAGCGGUUGAUUUGAUGCUCAAGGUGAAUCGUUCGAGAAACGGUGCGCAAUUUACGACGGAGAUUCAGAUCUAUCGGGAAAUUCUACCGGCAAUGGAACAAGCGCUGAAGAACGUCGGUGAAUCGUUGGAAGCUCCCAAUUACUUCUACUCAUACAGCGAUCCACAAAAUGUGAUCAUCAUGGAGGAUUUGUUCCCAUCCGGCUGGGUUCAAAGGAAUCGUUUGAAUGAUUUUGAUGAUGCUAAAGCAGUUGUUAUCGUUAUUGCCAAAUUCCAUGCUGCAUCAUAUGUUUCGAACGGAAAAGUUCGUAUUUCCAACUUCUACAAUCUGGAUUAUCGCAGAGUGAAACUCAUUAUCAAUAAAUUUAUCGAUUCCUUAAACACUCGACCUGGCUGCAGCCAGAUUGGGGCCAAAUUGCACACGUUAAAGCCCAGGGUGGAAGAGAAGCUGAAACAGAUCUACAGUCCCAGUCGUCAGCACUUCAAUGUCUUGAACCAUGGAGACAUCAACGUGUCCAAUCUUUGGUUCAAGACCCACUCCAACAACAGGGCAGCAAUGAUUGACUUUCAGCGCUGCCACUGGGGCUCACCGGCGAUCGAUUUGUUGAGUCUAAUGGAUUUUGUUCUGGAUCGUGAUCUGAGACGGACCCAUAGCGAUCGAUUGGUUCGAGAGUACUAUCAAUCGUUAACGGCUUAUUUAACGCGAAUGGGACUGCGAGGAUCACCAAUGAGUUUACAAGAUCUAGUACAGGAACUGAAACGUUGUGCAUUUUUGGAAUUUGUUCAUUUUGCAAUGCGGAAGGAUUUGGAGAGCGUUAACCGUGAAGACUACAACAGGAUUGAUACGGGGAAUCUUGAUGUGGAAAUUCAACAAGAGUUGACCGAGAUGUUACGUAGAGGAGUUUUGGAAUAG